AAUUUACUUUCAGUUCCGGACGCUCGGAUAUCCCAAUUUUUUUUAGAGAUGAGAAGAGUUUUUCAGUAAACCCAUCUGCAAAAACACCUUUGAACUCCAACAAAUCUACAAGUAAUAAUGGCUAGGAAAAGUGGAGUGAGGAGUAAGUCCACUCAGGCAUCCCGAAAGCAGAGCCGUGAAAAGGAGGAAGAAACAUUCCGAAAAUUACAAGAAAGAAUCGAAUCAUAUGAUCCAUUAGUAGAUGAAAAGUCUGUAUCACAAUUCAGUGAUUUACCCAUUACUGAUAGUACAUUAAAGGGAUUGAAAGAAGCUAGUUUUGUUUCAAUGACCGAUAUCCAGAAGAAGACUAUUCCACUUGCAUUAAAGGGAGAAGAUCUAAUGGGAUAUGCCAAGACUGGGUCCGGUAAGACCCUUGCAUUUCUUAUCCCCACCAUUGAAUGUUUAAUAAGAAACAAGAUUACUGAAUUUGAUGGAUUAGCUGCAUUGAUAAUUUCACCUACUCGAGAGUUAGCAGUUCAAAUCUUUGAAGUGUUAACUAAAAUAGGGAAAUAUAAUACAUUUUCUGCUGGAUUAGUUACUGGAGGUAAAGAUGUGAAAUAUGAAAAGGAAAGAGUAUCACGAAUGAAUGUUUUAGUUGGAACUCCAGGACGUAUUUCUCAGCAUUUAAAUGAAGCUGUAGGUAUGGAAACAUCCAAUUUACAAAUGUUGGUGCUUGAUGAAGCCGAUAGGUGUUUGGAUAUGGGAUUCAAAAAACAAAUUGAUAGUAUUCUUGGACAUUUACCACCCACUAGACAAACAUUAUUAUUCUCAGCUACUCAAUCUGAAAGUGUUAGAGAUUUAGCUAGAUUAUCAUUAACCAAUCCUAAACGUAUUGGUGUAUCUAGUGAUCAAGAAAUUUCAGCCACUCCUGAUACUUUAGAACAAUUCUAUAUCAGAAUACCGUUGGAUGAAAAGCUUGAUGUAUUAUGGUCGUUCAUUAAAUCUCAUUUAAAGAGUAAGAUUCUUGUAUUCUUCUCAUCUUCUAAACAAGUCCAAUAUACUUAUGAAACAUUCCGAACAUUACAACCAGGUAUUUCAUUAAUGAAAUUAUAUGGAAGAAAUAAGCAAACAUCAAGAUUAGAGACUACAGUAAAAUUUUCUCAAGCUCAAUAUGCAUGUUUAUUUGCUACUGAUAUUGUGGCUAGAGGAUUGGAUUUCCCAGCUAUAGAUUGGGUUAUUCAAGUAGAUUGUCCAGAAGAUGCAUCUACAUAUGUUCAUCGAGUUGGAAGAGCCGCUAGAUUUGGUAGACAGGGGAAAUCAUUACUCAUGUUAUUACCUACCGAAGAAGAAGGUAUGCUCAAAAGAUUACUGGCCAAUAAGAUUGAACCUAAAUUUAUGAAUAUUAAACAAAAGAAUAAGAAGACCAUUAGACCCCAAUUACAGUCUCUUUGCUUUAAGGAUCCUCUCAUGAAGAAUCUUGGACAAAGAGCAUUCAUAUCAUACUUUCGAGCCGUAUAUAUUCAAAAGGAUAAAGAUGUAUUUAAUGUAGAAGCCUUACCAUCCGAUAAAUAUGCAGCAUCCCUUGGAUUACCAGGAGCUCCUAAAAUUAAAAUUAAGGGAGGUACGGCUGGUAAAGAAAAGAAGAAUGCCUCUAGAAAGUUAGUGGAAUUGGCUAAAUUGGAUGAUGAUGGUGAACAACAGCAACAACAACAGAAAAAUAAAGACGAUGGUAAGGUAAGAACCAAAUACGAUAGGAUGUUUGAAAGAAAGAAUCAAACUGUGUUAUCAGAACAGUAUUUGCAUAUGACCGGUGCAGAUGGAGAAGGAACUGAUGAAGAAGAAGAUUUCAUGACUGUCAAGAGACAAGACCAUCAGCUUAUAGAAGAAGAAUUACCUGAUCUUAGUGUUCCAGUCAGUAAGAGACAAGCCAAAAAGGCACUUUCUAAAAAGGCAUCUAUUGCCUCUAAGGGUAAUCCAUCUAAAUUAAAAUUUGAUGAUGAUGGAGUAGCCCAUGCCAUCUAUGAAUUAGAAGAUGAAGAAGACUUUAAGAAAGCCGGAGAUGCCCGUGACCAGAAGGCAGCAUUUGUAUUAAAGGAAAGUGAAGUAAUGAAUGAAGCAGAUGUGGAAGAUAAGGCCACAGCCAGAGAGAAGAGACAGGAAAAGAAGAGAAGACGGAAGGAGUUGGAGAGACAAGCGAGAGAGGAAGAGGAAGACUAUGAAUCUGCUGAUGACAAUGAUAACCAACUCACUGCUGAUUUAGACAGAGACUUAGAGUACUCUGAGGAUGAACAGCCAGUGGCUAAGAAACCUAAAUGGUUUGAAACUCAACCAGUCAGACCAGCAGCUAGAGAUAAUUUAGUAGAGAUAGAUGAACCUGAAACGUUGGAAGAUUUGGAAUCCUUAACUGCCAGAUUACUUAAUGGUUAGACUAGUGU